AUGUCGCUCUUUGGAUCAUCACCACCGGCCGAAACGCCCUCACAAACUUCCGCCGCCCCCUCGCGAUCUCUCUUUGACGAAGAGCCCAUGUCCAAGUCCGGUUCCAAUUCCUUGUUUACCGACGACGACUUCGCCGGCGCUCAAGGCUCGCCCUGGGACAUGCCCACCCCGAGAAAGCAGCAAUCCCGUGCCGACAUGAUCCGCAACCUGCUCCCGGCCUCCGACGUGCCCGACGCCUACAUCGAGACCUUCGAUACCGUCGUGCGCGAGGAUGGCAGCGGAGGGCGCGUUCACGCUGGCGGCAUAGCCAAGCUGUUCGCUGCGGCGCGCCUCGGAGCUGACCAGCAGGCGCAGAUCAUGUCCAUGGUUGUGCCGGCUGCAGGUGGCGACAUUGCUGUCGGACGCGGCGAGUUCAACGUCCUGCUUGCUCUCAUCGCCUUGGCUCAGGAAAACGAGACAAUCAGCCUCGACACUGUUGAUGAACGACGAAGAAACCUUCCACUACCCAAGCUGGCCGGCCUGACUGCUGCUCCGGUGAUGCCUCCCGUCUCCGAGCUUCCUCCCGCCAACCCUCCUCAGGCUUCCCAGACGCACACCCCCGAACCUCCUGCAUCGCCGCCGAAGCCAAGCACCCUGCGCCGACCCCCGAUGGACUUCCCCGAAUCCGACGAUCCAUGGAACUCCCCCGACGUACACAAGGGCCAUGCCCAUGCCGCCGUUGAGUCUCCCAGCAGAACCAACGGCGCCAGCCCACAGCGCCCGGCCGCCAACGGCAACGGACAUAGCAAUGGUGGUUUUGGCACCUCCCCGAGUACUGCCAUUGCUGGUCGCACCAUGUCAUCCUACACCGCUGGCAGCGCUGCCUCCGACACGGGUUCUGGCCGUCAGAAUGUGAACACUGGCACAUCGCCCGGUGGCUGGGGCGGUUAUUUCGAUGGCAACACUUCCGGCGGCGGCUUCAACGAACCCACCCCGAACCCGGUCACCAGUCCUUUCGGCAGUGCUGGCGGCGGGCGGGAGCCGACUGGGAACUCCCCAAGCGUGCCUACUCUGAGGAAUUCUACAAGUGGACGCACGGGAAGCAGCGUCGAGGAGAGCAUUGUCGUCAACCUGAUGCCAGAGAAGGAGGGUCUGUUUAUGUUCCAGCACCACAACUACGAGGUCGCAAGUAUGCGUCGCGGCAGCAAGGUCAUUCGCCGCUACAGUGACUUCGUAUGGCUUCUGGACUGCUUGCACAAGCGGUAUCCUUUCAGGGUGCUGCCUCUGCUGCCGCCGAAGCGCGUUGCUGUCAACGGCAAUCACCUCUCCAAUGACGGCGCAUUCAUCGAGAAGCGUCGCCGAGGCCUGGCAAGAUUCCUCAAUGCCCUCAUUCGCCACCCCGUGCUCAGCCAAGAGCAACUCAUCAUCAUGUUCCUCACUGUGCCAACUGAACUCUCCGUGUGGCGCAAGCAGGCCACAAUCUCUGUGCAAGACGAGUUCAAUGGCCGGGUUCUCCCGCCUGGACUCGAAGACUCGCUGCCACCUACCCUCGAGGCCUUGUUCGACAAGACUCGCUCUGGUGUGCGGCGUUCGGCCGAGAUAUACAUUAACGUGUGCAACAUCAUGGAUCGCCUUGUGAAGCGCACUGAGGGUGUGGCUGCUGACCAUGCUCGCAUCGCCUUGUCUCUUGCGUCCCUGACCGAGACGAGUGCCGACACGUACGCUACCGAUACCAACGAGGUGCCCCUGCUCAAUGACGGCCUGAACUCCAUGAGUAGGCAUCUGAGGACUGGUCAGAGUUUGAUGGAAGAUGAGAGCAAGGCCUGGGACGCGGGCGUGUUGGAGGACUUGAAGCGCCAGAGGGAUGCCCUUGUCAGUGUUCGCGAACUUUUCGACCGAAGAGAGCGUCUCGAUAAGGACAAUAUCCCGUACCUCGAGAGGAGGAUCCAGACGAACGAGACGAAGCUUGCCAACCUCCGCAGCAAACCCGAAGGUAUGGUCAAGCCCGGUGAGAUCGAGAAGGUGGUGGAGGCCAUCAUCAAGGACAAGGAAUCCAUCGUUAGCCAACACAACCGCUCCAUCUUCGUCAAGGAGUGCAUCCGCGACGAGCUCAUCUACUUCCAAACCACCCAAUUCCACAUCUCCCGCUGGAACCAGGACUGGGCCCAGGAGCGCGUCAAGUACUCGGAGAUGCUGGCCGAUAAUUGGCGCCGUCUCCUUGACGAGCUCGAAGGCAUGCCUCUCGGCGACUAA